AUGGAUCACAGGCUCCUCGACUACGAGCAGGAGUUCCUCAACUCCUACGCUCGUUUGAAAUGCUGUUGUACAUCUAUCCAAAGCGAGGACAGCAGCGCGGAGAAACGUCGGGGUAUCGCUAAUGGCAUCAAAAGCCUUCAACAAGCAGAAUCCGCACUUCGCCAAUUUGAACUCCAAGCUCGCAUGCCUCUGGAGGGUGACGUGCCUGACGACCAGCGUUCGCCAAAAGCCAGAGCAGAUAGCUAUCGAAGAGAACUUCGGCAGGUGGCACACGAUUUUCGAGCAAUACGGACUCAGGUGGAACGUCUGAUGCUUCUGGAUGAUGACGGCUUACCUCCAACUGGAGCGUCACCUCACCAGCGGAUGCGGCUACUCACAGCGACCGAGAGCGCUCAAAAAGGCGUACAUAUGCUGGAGAGCUCAAGAGUGCUGGCGCUGGAGACUGAAGUUCUAGGAUCCAGCAUUAUGACCGAGUUGCGUGGACAGCGGGAGACAAUUGAGCGGACCAGCGCACACAUGGGUAGAGUCGGCGAAGGUCUUCGCGUCGCCUCAGCCACAAUCCAACGAAUUAUUCAAGUCGCCCUGCGACGCAAACUUCUGAUCUACGUGUUAGUUGCCCUUCUGAUUCUCACGCUAAUAUUUAUCUUCGCUCGGAAAGUGAUUCCGGGCAACCUCUCCCAGAGCAAAGCGACUGACAAACCUGAAGCGUCAACCUUGCCCGAUAUUCAGCAAACGUCGGAAACCAAAGUUGCGAAGCUGCUUCUGGGCGUAAGCGUCUACUCUAGGACCCUCCCGGUUCUGUGA